CUCUUCUUUCCCUCCAGUCCUUCUGUCUGUACCUUAAACCCUUUCAUUUCGCUUUCUUGCCGUGCCUGUAAUCCGUCGACCUAAACCCUUUUGUCUCCGACAAUUUGAGCAUUUGAGACUUGGAAGGAACAAGAGAUGGACUUGAAGAACGUUAAAGUUCCUAAGGUUCCAGGUGGUGCGGCUUCAGCUUUGCUUAAGAUUGGCAUUAUUGGUGGAAUUGGUCUGUAUGUAGCAACUAACAGUCUCUACAAUGUUGAGGGAGGGCACAGAGCAAUUGUUUUCAACCGUAUAAUUGGUGUCAAAGACAAGGUCUAUCCAGAAGGGACCCACAUUAUAAUUCCAUGGUUUGAGAGGCCAGUCAUUUAUGACGUCCGAGCCCGACCUCAUCUAGUGGAAAGUACUUCAGGAAGCCGUGAUCUCCAAAUGGUAAAAAUUGGUCUUCGAGUUCUUACGCGUCCUAUCGCAGACCAAUUGCCUACAGUGUAUCGAACUCUUGGAGAAAACUAUAAUGAACGAGUGCUGCCUUCAAUCAUUCAUGAAACUUUGAAAACUGUUGUUGCACAAUACAAUGCUAGCCAGCUCAUUACUCAGAGAGAGGCUGUUAGCAGGGAAAUACGUAAGGUUUUAACUGAGAGGGCAGCCAAUUUCAACAUGGCAUUGGAUGAUGUUUCAAUCACUGGCCUAACUUUUGGAAAGGAAUUUACUGCUGCAAUUGAAGCUAAACAAGUAGCCGCACAAGAAGCUGAGAGGGCUAAAUUUGUUGUGGAAAAAGCUGAACAAGACAAGAGAAGUGCUAUUAUCAGAGCAGAGGGAGAAGCCACGAGUGCCAAGCUGAUUGGUGAAGCCAUUUCAAACAAUCCGGCAUUUAUCACACUUAGGAAGAUAGAAGCUGCUAGGGAAAUUGCACAUACUAUCUCCAACUCCGGCAACAAAGUUUUCUUGAAUUCGGAAGAUUUGUUGUUGAAUCUUCAGGGGAUGAAUCUGGAGAGCGCGGGGAAGAAAUAGAAAAACCGGCCUGAACGUGUAAUUUCCAUGGUUUCCAAUACUGUUCAUGCGAAUAUCAAAUUCAAUUUGGUAAAGGUGAACAUGUUACUUUGCAUUUUAUAAGGACAGUGUGAAACAAAGGGAAUCAAGUUUACAAGGCACCAACCCUACUGUGAGUAGAGAACCCAAAAGUAACUAUGGAACUCGAUGACAUUCCAUUGGGAGAUCAAUUUCAUCAUUGUUUUCAGCUCUUCGUUUUAGUUGUUUUGAUGGGUAAUCGGACAAUCCGGUUUAAAACAUUAUUUUUGCCAUUUUAAGGGUAAAGAUAAAAACUAAAUGAAUAAUAAUAUUAGAGAGAGCCAACUUCACAGCUGGAAUUUUUCUUCUA